CUCCGCACUGGAAGCGGGGAAGGAGUGCGGGCCCCCACCCCAUCUAAGAAUGUCUGGUCCCCAGGUCAGUGCACCAGUUUCUUCCUGACCAAAGAACAGAUCCACCCCCAGAUGAGUGAAUUUUCCUGGAAGGAUGUUGCCAAUGCCUUGUCCCUGGCCAACAUGAUCCUGGGGCUCUUCUCCAUCUUCUGCAGCUUCUGCAAGAAAUACCCCUGUGCCUCCUGGAUGCUUUUGGUCAGCUUUCUAUUAGACAUGGCUAUCGGGACAGUGACCAGACACCUCAACAUCUGCUCCAAAUCAGGAGCCGAGCUGAAUGACUUUGCUGUCUUCACCACCUUUGGCCUGGCCUCAGCCCUGCUUCUAGGCGUGGAUGGGCCUCUGAGCAGGUUCCUGGCCAUCAUCUACGUGUUAGCUAUUUCAUUCCGCCUCUGUUUUUAUUCAGCUGGUGUUCCCUUCACAUACAAGGGUCUACCCUGCCCGUAUGCUUCCUGUGUUUUGGCCUCCACCUCCCUCCUGACCAAAGGCAACACGUUCAUUCUCUCUUGCACGGCCUCACUCAUGAUUCUAUUCAUGAUGGACCAGAGCUACUACCCACACGAUGAAAUCCUGGAGUCAGAGAACUGGAAAAAGAUGGUCUAUCUGGGAGGUGUCAUCAUGCUGUUUUUGUCUCCAUUCUCGCUAACUGCUUUUUACUGCCUGAUGUGGUCACUCUCCUACAUCUUCUUUCCAGAUGCUCUGUGGGGCAAGGCAGCAUGUUUUAAGUUACAGCACCGAAGAAACUAAGCAGCCUUACCCACUCCCACUGGCCUCUAUGGGGUUUCUGCCAGCAUGUUGGGCC